GGCUGCAAGGUGUUCAACCCGACGGAGCCGAACGGCAGGUACGUGCUGGACCUGGCGGGGCCCGGCCACCGCUCCGUGCUGCGGAUGGUCUACAAGACGCUGUCGAGACUGGGCGUGGCCCCCGACGCAGCCUUCGGCGGCGUCUCGUACCAGCUGAGGAGCGGCAGGAGCGCCAGGUGGAGCCACCCGGAGAGGGCCGAGUCGGUCGGCCUCGUGCAGGUGCCCACGGAAGGCGUUGUCACCUUCAACCUCAAGAUCGAGCCCGCGCUGGAGCUCAUGAACAGAGGGUUCCAGGAGUCGGACCUCAGCGGCGUUGUCGACCGUUACUACGACUCCGUGAGAUCGAG